GUUUCAGUUUCUUUUACACCAUACGUUGUCGACUGAAGAAUUAUAGGGUAGAAGCAAUAUUAGUCUUCGUUUUAGUCAGAGUAAUUUAACAGUUUAAAUGUAAACUUUUAAAUUUAUCCAUCAAUAAAAUAACAUAAAGCACCGUUGAAACAGUCUAAUUUUUACAAUGUCUUAUAUGCAACCUAUUAAACAUUUUCGAUCAUUAUUUGGUGUAAGAACAAUGGUUACGACUGAAGAACAAAGAAUCCUUAACAAUUUUUGGAUGUUUAAAUAUGCCAGGCUGUGCAGCAGUUGGCUGCAACAAUCGUAGUGAAAAAGGUUAUAUUAUGAAAUGUUUUCCACGUGAUCCAAAGCUAAGAAAAAUUUGGCAAGAACGUGUUGCUAGAGCUGAUUGGGAACCAUCAAAUAAUUCAUUCCUGUGCCACGUACAUUUUGAACCUCAAGAAUGGUCUAUAACACAAAGUGGGAGAAUUAGAUUAAAAAAAAAUGCAGUACCAUCUAUAUUUACUGUAACAUCUACUAGAAAAUCUCCUAAAAAGAGAACUAAGAUAUUUGAUCAUAGAGGUGAAUAUAAUAUAGAAUACAUGGAAAAUGAUACUGAGCAUUCAUCUAUUGAGCAGUUAGAAGAGAAAGACUUGGGUUUUCAGGCAAUUGAAGAAUCAUCUAUGGAACCACCGAUUGAUAAUAAUCUUAAACAUAAAUUUAUAGAAAUUAAAAAAGAAGGGAACGUUAAGAUUGAUACUCAAAGACAAAAUAUCGUCAUGAUUGCUGAGGAUAAUCUUGUUGAUAUUAACAGUCUAGUGAAACAAUAUAAUCUUGAAGUUUGUUCAGAUGAUAAUAAAAAGGAAGUUGGAUUACCCUUAAUGAUUAAUAAUUCAGAAACUGCUCAACUACCAAGUACCACUGUGAAAAAAGAAAUUAAGCUAGAAAUUAUGGAUCAUAAUACAUUUGAAGAUAGUUAUGAUGAAAUUGAGGAGAAGUUAAAACAAAUUUGUGAUGGUGGAUCCACUGAAGAUGAAAAUUAUAAAAAUGGAAUUGAGAAAAAGUUAGCAGUUCAAUCAAAGAAUCAAAAGGAAGAUGAAGUUGAAGAAAAAAUGGAUACAAAUAAUGAAUUUACUAACGAUGAUCAGAAAGUUGCUUUGCCUACUGAUACAAGUCAUGCUUUCCCAACAAAAAGUGAAAUAGGGCAUAUGCUUACAGAUAAACAAGAAAAUGUUGAAAUAAUCUUUGGCACUGAAAGUGGAGAUGAAAAAAUGUCUGUGUCCCAAAAUAUAUCAAAAAUUAAUAAAGUAGAUAAUAGUCCUUUAAAACAUGAUGAUAUAAUUUCUAUUAAAGAUAACAAGAAAGUUUUUAAUGAAGAUAUAGAAGAAAAUUUUACUAAAGAUGAAGUGCAUGUUAUACCAAAUAUAAGAGCAGCUAUGAAACGUAAAAGAAGAACUAGAGAAGAAAUAAUGAAAUCAAUAAAAAAAUCAAUUAAAAGCACUUCUGAUCAAGAUGUUAAUUCAUCGAGUAAUAGUGAAUUAUCUGAACAAGAGGCAGAAAUUAGAAAUGAAUUAUCUUUGUUUUCUCAAGAAAUAGACGACAUUAAUAAAAAUGAUACAGAAAUGGAAACUGCAAAAUUUGUCAUCAAAGUAACUGGUGACCCUGAUGAUGUGACUGACAUCAUUGAAGAAUUAUCAUCUAAUACAAUAGGUACACAAAUAUCUAAAGAGUUUAAUACCAUUUGCAAAAAUGAAGAAGAUGGUACACUUAUUACAUCUAUUAUAACAGUAGUGUCACCUAAGAAUCUUAAAGGAAUUAUUUAUGGAGAUUUUAAUAAUCCACUAGUAAAGGAUGACUAUGUAACCUCAACUAACAAAACAUUAAUAGUGAAUCAUUCUCCUUGUGAAGAAAGAGAGUUUGCAGAUUUAAAUACAACUCAUAGUUCUAAAACCUACCAUGCUUCAUGUUUUAAACAUACAUGUUCUGAUGAAGAAGAAAGGCAUAAGAUAAGAAUUAAUUCUCCAUUGCAAAAUUGCGCACAAGGUGUUCAAACUUCCUUGGAAAAUAACACUGGUUGUAUUUCCUCUGAUUAUGAAGAUCUAUUAGAAAGAAUACAAAUUCAAGAGAAUGUAAUUGCAAAGUUAACUGAUCAGUUAAUUAUUUAUAAAGAAUUGGAAAACAGCAUGAGAAAUAAAAACAAUGAACGUGAAAUACAAUCUAAAGAUGUAGAAACUUCUAGAAUUAAUACAAGAUCAAGUAAUACGCAAUCUUCAAUUCUUAAUAAGAAAAACUUAGAAUCCAAACAAAGAUUAAUAGAAGAUUUGUCAAACAGAGUGAACUAUUUUGAAGAAAUGAAUAAGAAAUUAAUGAAAACUGUAACAUUGGAAUCUCAACAAAAAAGAAAGCUUGAAGGGCAAAUUAAGCAAAAGGAUAAUCGAAUAAAAGAACUCAACUGGAAGUUGGAGAAAGCCUCUAAAUAUCUUGAAAGAGCAGAGAAAAAUACUAACACUUAUAGAAGGAAAAUGUUAAACAUGCAAACUAUUAUGAGAAGAAGAAAACUUUUAGAUGAAAAAAUGAGCAAAUUUAAUGAAAUGUUAAUAGAUAGCUCUAAGCAAGAAUUUUCAGAAAAGGUUUUAUCCAUGGCAGCAGACAUUAGGAAAAUUUGUGGAAGAAGUGGAUAUGAUAAGUUACUUUCUUAUGGGUUUCCAUUACCACCAUUACCAUCUUUAAGAAAGGGAAUUCUUAAUGAAGAUAUCACAGAUCCUAACAAAAGUGAUAUGGAUGAAGUACGAAAUUCUACAAAAAUAAGUGUUAAAGUUGAAAAAGCUCAUGAUACAAAUAAUGAAUCUGAAAUAGAUGAAAAGGACAUAGAAGUUGGUAAACCAACUGAAUAUGAAAGUACAGAAACUGUGACAGGAACUGUGCAAGACAUUUUUGAUGAAAACAAUGAUGGUGAUGAUUUUAGUACAAAUGAACUGAGAGAACAUUUUAUUCUGCAAUUAAAUGCAGUUAUGUAGCCAUAAUUUUGUACUUUAAAUAUAUCCCUCUUUUUUACGACUU